AUGUCUUUAUCCUCAUUUGUCCUUCUUCUCGUGGUACUCCCCGCCAUUACACUCUCACAAACAACACCCGACGCGAAAAAGGGCUGGCAGUCUGGAGACAACGACAGGUCAUCGUUUGAUAUCCUCUGGGGCUGUUUCUCGACCAUCUUUGCCUGCACCUGGUCUGUGCUCCAUUUGAAUGUAUCAAAUCCAAGGGAGUCUGAGUCGCGCAUUUUCUGGCGACAAGUGAAAUGGUUUAUUUUGACUAUUUUUAUUCCGGAGUACCUGGUAGCUGUUGCUGCAGACCAGUUCUGGGAAGCUCGGAUUUGUGUCAAAAGCUUUGAAAAGUCCAAAUUGGAACGUGUUCACUCGAAAGAUCCAUCACCACCAUCAUCAGAGAGUCAGAAAGUCGAAUGUGAAGAGGAAACUUUGGAAAAGGAGAAGACCCAGCCUUGCAAUUUAACUGGUGGUUCGCCUACAAUUGAAACAACUGAAAUAUCAGAGAAUAUCGAGAGCAACGAACACCCAGAACCCGAAAAAAGCCAGCAGAGCGCAACAAAAGCGAGUGCAUAUGACGAUGACUGGACGCUUGCCCAUGGGUUCUUCACUACGAUGGGCGGUCUGGCAAUUCAAACAGAAGACAAAAAGGAAUACUCAAUACUGAAAAAUGAUAGCCCGGUUAAGCUUCUCGAAAGCGGUCGAGUCGACUUUCCUUGUAUUACGACAGAGGAUAUCAAACACCGAAGCAAAACAGACGCGUUUGUAAAAUUUAUCGCUGUUUGCCAGAGUACCUGGUUCGCGAUCAACAUAGUGGCCCGGCCUGGUUCUAACCUUCAUGUAACGCCACUUGAGCUGGCUACAGCGGCAUAUGUUCUAUGUGCAGUUAUUGCCUAUGCGCUAUGGUGGCAUAAGCCCAAGGACGUGACGGUUCCGAUUAUUAUCAACGUCCCAUCAUCACCACCGCCAGACACAACCACGAAUACAGAAGAGCCGACUCUGAAACACUACCUCGAUCUUAUUGCACCUCGCAAAUGCAAUGAUUUCGCAGGGGUUAGCACCCUGGAUCUAUUAUCAGGACGCGUCAAGGUAAAGGCAACAUUUAGCCAAGCAGAGCUACGUCGCAUGAAUUGUGCAAGCCUCGUUGGCUUAUUUGUUGGUCUCAUAUACUGUGGCAUUCAUCUUACGGCUUGGAAUUUUCCCUUUCCUACGCCAGGUGAGAGAAAGGCAUGGCGGAUAUGUACGCUUGCGUCAAUUUCUACAGCAGCUGCUUUGAUUCCCUUCUAUUUGCCCGGGCUAACCUUGUCCAAAACAAAGGGUGUAUUGGCUGUCCUUCUUACGCUGGACUAUUUUGUAGGCUACUUUUGCUAUAUUAUUGCCAGAAUAGUUCUUAUGGUCUUGAUGCUCAUGAGCUUUCGGCUGCUGCCAACAAGUUGCUAUGAUACUGUUGACUGGCUGUCAGCCCUGCCUCAUUAUUAA